UCAGCAGCUAUCCUAGAAACUUCAGAUCCACUUUCUGUCUGUAGAAACCAUAAAACACUGCUUUCAUUCAGGGCUUUUACAUCUUAAAAAAAUAAUGGACUAUUGAUUAACAUAUAGGAGUACAGCAUAGCCUAGCCAAAUAAAGAAUAAUUGCAACAAAGUUUUGUUGCACCUAAGCAUCUUACUAAAAUUGUUGUCUGAAGAAUUUGCAUAAUGGGAUUACUGAAGCUGUUUUUCAUUGCUUGCUGUGGCACAUUUUGUUUAGCACGGGCGAAUGUGACGGACCAACAGACUUCUGACAAUAUAGACAACCGUGCAACCCUAGAAGAUGAAAUGGACAAUCAAGAAAACAUCUUAACACAGCUCAUUGGGGACUAUGACAAAGUGAAGACACUGUCUGAGGGGUCAGACUGCCGCUGUAAGUGUGUAGUGAAGCCUCUGAGUAGGAGUGCAUGCAAGCGGAUUGAGGAGGGUCGUGCCAAAGCCGAGGACUUCUACACAGUGGAGACAGUCACUGCAGGACCCAACUGCAAGAAGUGUGCCUGCAUCGCUCCGCCCUCCGCCCUGAACCCCUGUGAAGGAGAUUUCAGGUUUAAGAAGCUGCAAGAGGCGGGGCAGGAUGAUGUCAAGCUCUCAACUAUAAUGGACCUGCUAGAGGGAACAUUCUACGGGAUGGACCUGUUAAAGCUUCACUCCGUCACAACAAAACUUCUAGCGCGGGUGGAUAAUAUAGAGAGGUCAUUUUCUGGGAACCAAACAAAGGAGAGAAUGAGUUUGAAAGGUGAAAAAUCUCAGGGGAAGGGGCCUCGCUCCCAAUAUCGACAAGAGAAAAAGAACCGUCUCAAUGUACUAGAGUCCUCACUGCAGAAGAAUGUGGCAGCUGCUUUUGCUCACACCGAGAGGAAAUAUGAGGAGAAGUUCAUUGGAAGUCAGACCCCCAGCAAGCCUGUGCUGAAGAGAAGCAAAUCUGAGGUUCAGGAGGAGCCGCAUAAACCUGUGAAGAACAAAGCAGGUUCCAAUGGCAUGACCAUCAGAGGCAUGACCUUCUACAAAGCUCUCCAUACAAUGGAGGAUUCUGAGGGGGAAGAGCACAUAGUCACAGCAGCACAUGAGGUUCCGAGUGGUGAUGGCUCUGUAUUUUUAAUAGUUGAGGACCAGCUCCAUGAGCAAGAGCUGCCUAAACCUGUUACAAGACCUGGAACCACUGUGGCAGUGACCCAAUCUCCCACAAUGGACAUAAACCUCAAGAAGCUCCACCAACCAGCUGAUUCUCCAGAUGGAGACUCCACUACUGCAAACAGGACAAAGCAAACUGAAGGAAAGAAUGCAAAAGACAAGAAGCCAAAUACAUUUACAACCACAACAAGGGCAAUCCUUCCGACCUCAGUGUCUUCAACUAUUACAAUGCCACCAAGUACCAAUACAGAAAACUUUGCAACUCCUCUUUUAGUGCCAAAACAGCUGGCAAGUGUCACGAUACCCACAAAAAAGUCAAAACGUCUUCGCUGGGAUGAAGCCACCACUGAAACAAGCACACAACCUUCAAAAAACUCCAAAGAACAUGGGAUCUGCAAAGACACCCUAGCAAGCAUUGCUGAUCCUGUUACACAUAACACAUAUGGCAAAAAUGAAGGUGCUUGGAUGAAGGACCCAAAAGGCAAUGGAAAAUUAAUUUAUGUUACAGACAACUACUAUGGGAACAAUCUUCUGGAAUUCCGUGAUAUGGACACCUUUAAGCAGGGGAAGUUUAGCAACUCUUACAAACUCCCUUACAACUGGAUUGGCACCGGCCAUGUUGUCUACAGCGGCUCUUUCUUCUACAACCGAGCCUUUUCUCGUGAUAUAAUCAGAUUUGAUCUUCGUCUCCGGUACGUAGCUGCCUGGACCACCCUUCAUGAUGCAGUACUAGAGGAGGAGGGGACCCCCUGGAGUUGGGGAGGGCAUUCAGAUGUCGACUUUGCCAUAGAUGAGAACGGGUUAUGGUUGGUGUACCCAGCUCUGGAUGAAGAGGGAUUUCACCAGGAAGUGAUCAUCCUGAGCAAGCUACGCCCAUUUGAUUUGCAAAAAGAGAAGAGCUGGAGGACUGGCCUGAGGAGGAGCUAUUACGGAAACUGCUUUGUUAUCUGUGGCGUUCUGUAUGCAGUUGACAGCUUCGAGCGUACACAUGCCAAUAUUUCUUAUGCAUUUGACACCCAUACACAUACCCAAAUGAUCCCCCGCCUCCCUUUUAUAAACAACUACACCUACACCACACAAAUCGACUACAACCCUAAGGACCAUAUGCUUUAUGCAUGGGACAAUGGCCAUCAAGUGACCUACAAUGUAAUAUUUGCUUAUUAACAAUUAUUUAAACUGAGCAUUUAAUUAUGGUACUGCGUGCAGCACUUUCUGUAUAAAAAAAAGCAAAAUGAUUGUGUCUAAGUGGGUUGUAGAUCAGUCGACAUGACAAAUAUUUGUAUGUAUAUUUCAUUAUGCCUUUUUUUUUUGUCAUUCAUUGUCUGUUGCAUGUCUUUUUGUUGUUUUUUCAGUAGAUGUCUUGAAGGGGGUUGAAAAAAUAUCAUUAAGCUAUUCAUGACAAGGUUCUCACUGCUUACUUGAAAUGUAUAUGUACUGUAAGUUGUAUAUAAUGUAAUUUAAAAUAAACAUGUUCU